UGUGAGGCAUCGUUUGUUUCUCCCUUGUCUGGCGCAGGAUAAAAUUACACAUGUGUAUUAUUACAACCAUUUCUAUCAAUAAUUUCUAUUGAACGGAAAUUGAAAGCAUUUGAGUGAAUUUAUAAAAAAUUCGAUGUCUGUGCCAGGAGUGGACGCUUCUUCGAAAAAACGAAACCGAAAUGUAUUGGAAGGUCGCUUUUGUGGCUGAAGAAAUUCCCAAUUUUUUCACUAUUUUUUACCAAAAUCGCUCAUUACUCGAAGUACUUCUGACCCACAAGAUGUGAAAAAUCAAUUCAAAUUUAUAAUCAAUCAAAUUGGAGGAAAAUUUUUUGAAAAAUUCUCUGUGAUGCUUCAUGUGGAGGGUUUCGAGUCAUUAUUGAGUAGCGUGGCUGACAGACCUUUGAGCCUAUGGGGGAAGAAUGUUGCGUUGGACGGAAGUGUGAAAAGGGUCGAGGAUGAGGCGUUGAAGGGCGACCGGGUUAUUGAAAUAAUCGGAAGAACAGAGGGAAGCACUUCCAGGGAUGCUCUUCCCACUUGCAUCCAUUGUCCCUCGGGUUCUAAUGAAUUCCUCCAGACUAAAUUACCAAUUCUCGUUUUUGUGAUAAAAAAUCUUAAACGAGAAGGGAAAAUUGAAUUUCAGGUCACCGAUAAAUUGCAAUUCAGAAGAAGAUUCAUUUUAAUAACUAACGCAAUUCGAGAGAAAAUUCCAAAAAUCACCCCCACUACUGCUUUUCUCCCCUUCUCACUCGAUGAUGGCUGGAACAUGCUGGAAAUAGAUCUUCGAAAUUUAUGUAAAGAAGUUUAUCUCACUGACUACAUCUCUUUGAACCGAAUCAUAAUUUACCCCAAUUUUCGAGUGCGGAGGAUUUACCUGCAGGAUCGUCACUACGAGCAAAACGAAACUCCAAAGGAAAUUUUCGAUACGCUAGCUGAAUUUUACAAGUUUAGGAAAAAAACCAUCAAGGCUGUCGAUAAAAAUUGUCAGACACAAAUGUUAACGAGAAAAAUCGUUCAGAAACCGAUAAAAAAGAAGAAAAAAAAGCGGAAGAGUGAAGAAGAAACUUCAAUCAACAGUUGAAUCCACGAAGAAACUUAUA